UUGAUAUUUGGUGAUAAGCGGACCUUUCGGACAUUUCCAUUGGCAGCUGGAGAGUCGAGUUUCUGUCGGUACCGAGAACUGAUAAUGUUGCCUGAAUUUUAAGGCUACAAUUUGUACCUCAAUUCUGACAUUCUACCAUUUUGCCUUAUCAAACAACAUUAUAUCAUCUAUCCAUUCAUCUCCAAAAUGGUUCUCCCCUUAGGUCUACUCACGGCCGCACAAGGUCACCCAAUGCUGGUUGAGCUUAAGGAUGGCGAAACUUUGAACGGUCAUUUAGUAUCAUGCGAUACCUGGAUGAAUUUAACUUUAAAGGAGGUGGUUCAAACGAGUCCGGAUGGCGAUAAAUUUACAAGGUUACCAGAAAUAUAUGUUAAAGGAAACAAUAUCAAAUAUCUACGAAUGCCAGAUGAAAUUAUCGAUUUAGUAAAGGAUCAACAACAAGGACAACAAAACAACUACAGAGGUCGCGGAGGUAAUAGGGGCGAUAGAGGUGGUGAUCGAGGUCGUGGUGGUAGAGGUGGAAGAGGAAGAGGAAGAGGAGGGAGAGGAGCUUGACACAUUGAUGGUGGUGAUAAUGAGCUGAAAUUGGACUCGAAGAAGCUACAUAAUGGCACGUAUAAUAUACACAAAGUGCAGAGGGGCGGCUACCUUUCUUCUUUAUGAAGAUCGAAGGAUUUCGAUAUAUGCGGCAGAUUUGCCUUGAAAUGAUGCAGGCAGGUAUACCGGGCAUAUGAUAGGUUCAUAUUGGAUGUGAGAAAUCGUUGAGGCACAUAUACAUAUGUCUCAGCAGAGUCUCAAACCAUCACAUAUUUCGAGAUCAUAGCCCACAGCAACAAAAACAACAAUUUCCCCCAAAUGCUUUUAUCUUGAACUUCCUCCAUAGCAAAUUAAAAUUACCCCUGUCGUUCGCAUGAAUCCCGCCCAACGAAUCGCGGGGAUCCUAUCUUCCCCUCUGUUCCCACGUGAUUCUAUAACAUUUCCGCCGCGCCUAGAAAUC